AUGGUUAUAUCCGAUAGAGCAUGUGAUUACUGUUUCGCUUAUUGUGUGAUAUUAUUGAUUUCAUUCCAGCUUUGGUAUGGGACUCCGCAUGUUUCAUUUUCUGAGGAUUUGGAAGAAAUGUCAAAGUCUUAUCUGUACGUUGGUUCUUCUUCUAUUCCCGCUGGUUAUCGUAUCUUAUAUAAUUAUACAUUUUCUUCUUACUUAGCAUAUGAUGUUGCAGUAAUUGACAGUUCAAAAGUAAGGACACGUACAAUUUUUGGAAAUGCUUCAAGAAUGUCAAUUCCAAUUAUAAAUAAAUUACCUUCCGGUGGAAUUCUAUCCUAUGUUCUGUCAAAAUCACAAAUGGAAAAUCUUGCCAAUAAUUCUCAGAUUGAUCAGAUUUAUGUUGAACCUUUAAUGCAUUGUCUUGAACCUGUAAGGUCUUGCUCAAGGACUAAUAAACUUGUUCAAGAUGAUAUUCAAUGUUUGACCAUAGCUAAUCCAAACAAUUUUGAGGUUAACGUUGAGUUUACUGUGAAAUUUUAUGUUACAAACGUAAAUGAGGAUGAAUUGGAUGAAAAUUUGCAGCAACUUGAUAGUAAUGAUGACGGUUUUACAAAUGAUAAAAAUACAAAAUUGUUGACAGAUACGGAAAAAAACAUUGGACAGGAUCAGCAAGAGUCAAAAAUUAAUACAAAAUCAAAAUUACUUGUUGAUACCGUUAAAUCAGUUUUUUUGGUGGUGUUAAGUUCGG